AUGACCAGAUUAACAGCGAAACCACUUCCUAUCGAUCCCAUAACACGUAAGGCCACGGCACUUAAUUUGCUUAGUUUCGCUCGGCCUCACAUGCGAGGACUUCACUGUUCAUGGAUUUCUUUCCUUACCGCAUUCACUGGCUGGUUUUCGGUGGUUCCUUUACUUCCCACCAUUCGAAAUGAUUUGGGAUUAACUGACGAACAGAUUGGCGAUAGUAAUAUUGCUUCGGUGUCCUCCACGAUCAUUUUCCGUGUAUUUUUCGGUCUUAUGUGCGAUAGACUGGGUCCUAAGCGUGUAAUGUCCUCGGUACUUAUUCUUGGUGCCAUACCAACUGCCCUUGCCGGUUUGGUGCAAAAUGGUACUAGCUUAAUCGUUGUCCGAUUCUUUAUUGGACUUCUCGGUUCAUCCUUUGUGUCUUGUCAAUUCUGGACCACUCAGAUGUUCAAUUCCAACGCCGUCGGAACUGCCAACGCUUUUGCCGCCGGGUGGGGUAACAUGGGCGGCGGUCUCACCUACUUGGUCAUGCCUUUGGUGUUUGAUUCCUUUAUCAAGGUUUUCCCCGCCAAUGUCGCUUGGCGUAUCGCCAUGGUUGUUCCUGCUUGCCUUUGUUUCUUCGUUGGCGUGUUGAUCCUAUAUAUAUCUGACGACUGUCCAGAAGGAGAGUGGUCUCGGCGUGGUCUUCCUACAGUACUCGUGGAUGAGAUUGAUGACGACGAAAAGGUAUCCGGCGUAAGCAUCGAUCAAAAACGAAACACUGUAAGAGUCCACCAAAUACCCACCUUCGUUCACUACCUUCUUGUACUCAUCAACCCAAAUGUUAUUCUGAUGAUGAUAAUGUACGCGUGCAGUUUCGGUGUUGAGAUAGCCGUCGAUAAUAUCAUCGGUGGAUUCUUCUAUACUCAUUUUGGACUUUCUCAAACUUUCUCUGGAUUAAUUGGUUCCAUCUUUGGAAUGUUGAAUAUUUUCUCUCGUGCCAGCGGUGGUCUUAUGUCUGAUUAUCUCAAUCAUAAAUUUGGGGUUCGCGGUCGGUUGUUUGGACAAUUCGUAUGUUUCUUCCUCCAAGGUGUACUUUUCAUUCUCUUCAAAUACACAAGUUCGACUUUGUCGGGAUCCAUCAUUGUCAUGAUCAUCAUCUCCUACUUUACUCAGGCUUGUUGUGGUACAUCUUUUGCGAUCGUUCCCUAUUUGGAUCCGGCUGCUGUUGGCAUAGUUUCAGGGUUGGUGGGGUCGGGCGGUAACAUUGGUGGAUUGAUAUUUGCCGCCAUAUUCAAAGCUUUCACUCGUGACAUUCUAAACGGAUUUAUGGUAAUAGGAUUGAUCGUGACUGCAUCUUCAUUCCUACCAUUCUUGAUGAGCAUCAAUGGUCGAACGAUGAUCUUUGGAAAUCUCAAGAGAAACUUUUGA